GGAGCCUUGCCAGCGAAUUGAAUAGAGUACUGAGUGCCUUGAUGUCAUUUCCUCGCUCCGCGUGCUUCUGAAUUAUCUUGACGAAGACACAUCAACAUUCUACCCGCGCCAUACGACAUCUGUGCACCAUCGCCUCGAGAUAUGCCCAAUGAAUCCGAUGCUUACGCGCUGCUCUGCGAUGCUAUCACGAAAGGCUCAUACCCACAGUCGGAAGAACUCCUGACUUCUGAUCUGUCCGCAGAACUCGUUCCUCAACUGAUCAUAAAGAUCGCCGAAACUCAACGUGAGCUUAAAGAGGAGAUCAAAAGCACAAGCAAGGAUGGCGUGGGAGAUGUAGAUGAGUGGAUAUCGCAGGCCAAACAGGUCCAAGAGGACAUCGCAAGAUGUAGAGAGGAAUCCAAACGCAUAGUCGAGGAACAUCGGCGCGUCCAAGCCCUGCGAGAGGACGCCUUCGACUAUCAGCGAAAAGUCGAGCUUUUGAACACGGAGAUUGAGUUUACAGAAUUGCUGAAGAACGAGCUGGAUAAUGCAAACAUCACGGCAAAGGCACUACGAGGUGUGGAGGAUUGUUUGCUCAAGGACGAUCCUUGUGCAGCCGCCACGAGGAUAGAAGAACUGGACAACAGGACGACUGACAUACCGGGAUCCCGCACUUCCACCAUAAUUCGGGAUUUGAGGGACGAAUUUCGGCUCAAGACGCGUGUUCGGCUCGAGGCGAAGCUCACUGCUCAGAUCUCCAUCGUCAGAGAGCAACAGGAGGCUAGAAUCGAUGUGCGGCCAGAUAGGCUUGGUUCAAAUGCUAUGCACUCCGAUGCCCUCGUACGAGCUCUAGAUCAGCUUGGUGACUUUCAGGAUUCCGUCGAGCCAUUGAUGGACAAGAUCAAAGCCUUUGUGUUGCAACCUCUGCGGCAUUCGUCUCGUCUGAAAAUGACAGCUUACACGGUGGAGGAGAACAGCAUAAGCCUAGAGCUCGGAAGAAAAACACCCACGGUUGAAUUGGUGCUCGACUUCGCGCUCGACUUCAUUAGGUUUCUGCACGCGUCCUUUGGUAGCACACUCCGUGCAAUGGCGGCCAAAGCAGUCCUGGCAGACUUGAUGAUUGUUUUGGUGAAUGAUUGGCUCAACCCUGGGCUGCCUACACAGCUUCCAAUGCUCGACGGUCUCGAUGAACUUCAGAAUCGUGUAACGCGCAUCCAGAAAGAACUGCAAAGAUUGCAGUGGGACGGGCAUAGGCAGUUGCAGGAGUGGCUAGAAGAUAUCCCCCGAGCGUGGCUUAACAAGCGAAAGGCUGCAAGUUUAGAUGCUGUGCGGAAGGCUUUCACAGUAUCCAAGGGGAAUCUCCGCCAGGUCGAGAGAAUUGAACGACAGUCUAUGGCAAGGACAACCGAAGAUCAUGGGGUUGUCAAAAAAGACGCCGAUGCCUGGGAUGCAGGUUGGGACGAAGAUGCUCACGAUCAACUGAACACAAAUGAACCGCCAACAACGGGUGACGAGGAAGAUGCCAAUGCAUGGGGCUUUGAAGAAGAGGAGGACGAGGACACACCAGCCGAUGCUCCUCAGGAUAGGACUGAUAUUAGACGUGAUGAUCAUGCCGCAGACGACACGGGGGAUGCAUGGGGCUGGGACGACGACAGCCCUGUCAGGACUAGAUCCGAACCGGCUAACAACCAAGGUCAAAGCCAUCUCGACGGAUUCCAACCAGAUUCCCAGGAUGAGCAAGAAGUCACUCUGACCGAAGUCUACAGCAUCAGCGAAAUCCCAGACCACAUCAUCGAGAUCAUCGGCAAAGACAUAUCCGACGCACAAACACUAAGCGACACGCUACACAAGGGUCUCGACUCGUCCGCAUCUAGAGGCCUUCUAGCCCUGCCCACCCUUGCCCUCGCUAUGUUCCGCGCCACCGCGCCCAGCUGUUACGGCGCCUCACCCGCCCUGGGGGACAUUCAUCGGUACAACGACUCACUGUACAUUGCGGAGCGGCUGCGCCACUUGAGCGUCCCAGCUGGCAUGUUGUUGCCACACGUCGACAUGGACGUCAAAGCGAUGGAGAAAUUCGCCCGCCUUGCCUACUCCAAGGAGAUGGAAACUCAGCGUCUCAUCAUUUGGGAUCUACUGGAGGGGGCACAGGGUUUCACCUCGUGCACGCAAUUCCCGUACUCGCAGGAGAUCGAGAACGCCGUAUCUUCAGUGGUUGACCAUAUCCGUGCACUCCACCAACACUGGAAACCUGUGCUCUCAACCUCCGCGCUGAUGCAGAGCAUCGGCUCACUCGUCACAAUGGUCAUCGCCAAGGUGAUUUCCUCCAUCGAGGAGAUGGAUGACAUUUCGGAGCCUGAGUCGCGUCGUCUCACUGACUAUUGUCAACAAAUUGCCUCAUUGGAAGUAUUGUUCCUGUCGACGGCGCCGCCGCCGCCGCAGCGGCAGUCCAGCUCGCAGCACAAUCACGAGCAUGAGGCCGUCCCUAUGAGCGCCGUGUACGUUGCCAAUUGGCUCAAGUUUCAAUACUUGAUCAACAUCUUGGACAGCUCGCUCGUAGAUAUUAAGUACUUGUGGACGGAGGGUGAGUUGAGUCUGGAGUUUCGCGCAGAUGAGGUGGUCGACCUGAUCCGGGCGCUGUUUGCAGAAAGCGCGCAUAGGAGAAGCGCGAUUGCGGCGAUCAAGGGAAGCAGAACUUCGAGGUAGCCUAGACUCCGGACUCGACUUAGUAAAGUAGCAUUUAAGGUGCCUCCCAAUCCCCUAUACAGUUGCUCUCCACAUAAUAUCGUUUACGAUCUCGCUCAUUCACGGCGCAGUGAUUCGU